GAAUAUGGCUCAGAGUAAAGAGAAGUCACAGCCAUGUCUGAGUGUCGUGUUGCUUGGAGGAGCAGAAGCUGGGAAAAGUGCUUCAGGAAACACUAUCCUUGGCCGAUCAGCUUUCGCUACCGAGAAAAGUUCUACGAGAGCAGAUUUUCAGAAGGAGAGCGAGAUCAUUGAUGGGGUCAGAGUAGAUGUAUAUGAUACACCAGCACUCUUUACCUCUGAAGCAAAGUCAGAUAUUUCUUCUACAUUAUUGAAAAUGUUCUGUCAUGUAGAUCUGUCAGGUCCCUUCAUAUUCCUGCUGGUAAUUAAUAUUGACAGUUACACUGAAAAAGAGAGGAAAAAUGUUGAAGAUAUUGAGAAACGCUUGGGCAAUUGGUGCUUGAACACCUGGAUCCUCUUCACCAGAGAAGAUGUGCUAAAGCGCAGGGGAACAACAGCAGAAAAAUGGAUAGAAGAAAAAGAAGAACUGAAAGAACUAGUACUGAAAUUCCAGAACCGUUGUCAUGUCUUCGACAAUAAACAACAGAAUAAGGAUCAAGUGCAAAAACUAAUUGCAGCUGUAAAGAAAGCUCCACUUUCUAUGCCUUCGGAGAUGAAAAAAGUUCCACGGAAAAUGUGUAAAGGACCAGAUAAUCCUAACGAGAGACGAAUUGUUCUGCUGGGGAAGACCGGAGUAGGGAAGAGUGCUGCAGGAAACACCAUCCUUGGAGAGAAGAGGUUCAAAUCUAAGUUCAGUUCUGCCUCUGUAACAGGACAUUCAGAGAUGGAGGAGGCAGUGGUAGAAGGGAGGAGAGUGCGUGUGGUGGAUACUCCAGGAUUAUUUGAUACAAGCUUCUCUCCAGAGGUAGUGGCUAAAGAGAUAGCAAGGAGUGUUUAUCUGUCCAGUCCAGGACCUCACGCCUUCCUUUAUGUUCAGCCCAUUAAUAUCAGAUUCACACAGCAGGAGGAGGAAGUGGUUGAUAAAUUAGAGCAGAUAUUUGGAGAAGAGAUGAGAAAAUACACCAUCAUUCUCUUCACUCACGGAGAUCAGCUAGAGGGAGAAAGUGUGGAGAAACUGAUUAGAGAAAACAAGUCUCUCAGCAGGCUGAUAGAUCAGUGUGGAGGGUAUCAUGUGUUUAAUAAUAAAGAUCUGGAGAACAGACAGCAGGUCACUGAUCUAUUGGAGAAGAUAGACAGAAUGGUGGAGAGGAAUGGAGGCAGCUGUUACACCAAUGAGAUGUUUGAGGAUGCAGAGAAAAUGGGGUUUACAGACUUCCUGAAGAAAAACUGGCUCCGUUUCCUAAUUGGAGGAGUAUGUGGGAUUAUUGGAUUUUUUUCUCAACAGUUAUAUUUAAUUCUGCUUGUUUUACUUGUUAUUUUCUGUGCUUACUGUUGUCCAUUUUAGAUUUUCAACCUUUCAAUCAACACCAAAAUAAAUUCUAAUUGUAUUCAAUUUGUAAGAAAAAAUGUGGUAUGUAUGGGGGUUGUAUAGUAUAGUAUAGUCUUGUAUCGUAGUAUGCCAGGUGGUACACAGUACUUUAUUACAGGGGUUGGACAAUGAAACUGAAAGACCUGUCAUUUUAAUGUGGGAGGUUUCAUGGUUAAAUUGGAGCAGCCUGGUGGCCAAUCUUCAUUAAUGGCACAUUGCACCAGUAAGAGCAGAGUGUGAAGGUUCAAUUAGCAGGGUAAGAGCACAGUUCUGCUCAAAAUAUUGCAAUGCACAC